AUGCUUUCAUCACGUCAACGUACAACUGUGCACGUGCAUACGAAUAUUACUAUGACUAACGUGAAAAAUUCAACUACUGUUAAGCAGAAAUCCACUUCACUUCUAUUAGGAUAUGAUCAAUUUUCAAAUCAAAGGAUUUCUACAAUAACAUCAGCCACUCCUAAAUAUUCACGGAAACAAUUAAAAGCUGUAACUCUGCAGAAACUUGUAGAAUAUUUGCCCAUAAAAGGUUAUAAUGAUAAAAGUACUGAAGUAAAAGAAAUGCAAAUGACGGAAAUGGAAUUAUUACGAGAAGUGAAAUUCCCAAAUGAUACAAAAAUAAUUGGAUUAGCGGCAGAAAAUGGACACCUCUAUGUUGCUACUAAUAAUGGCAAAAUUGGAGUAUUCAAUUCAGAAAGUAAUAAAAAAAUAAACGAAUUUGAUAUUGGAGGGAAAAUAGAUGCAAUGACUAUAAAUCGCAAUACUGAUAUAAUAAUAGUGAAUGAUACUGAUUUGGUAUCUUAUCGGGAUGCUAGAAUAUACCGAAAAAUCAACUUACCAUUCAGUGCAAAAAGUCUGUCACUUGGUACAAACAAGGCUGGUUCAGAAGAAGUGAUCGUACUUGGCGCAAGUAACGAUGUCAUGUUCAUUUUCAGCAACGAUCUGAAACCUAUCGAAGAAAUUUACUACGCAAAUAAAGCAAAACAAACAUGCAAUUUCGCUAUUUUACACAUGGAUUAUUACUAUAUUAGUUGUGAAAAUGCCAUUUUAGAAAUUAUGAAAAAUGGCAAACUAAAGCGCAACCUAUCAGUGAGAUCUGCUGGACAAAGUUCGGUAAUCUGGUCGGAAGUCGUUUAUGAAAAUGGCCGAGUACAUAUUGUGGAUUAUCUGAAAAGUACACUUAAGACUUUUCGCUAUCCUUCUUGCUGA